UCGCAUCCGAGUGCUGCUUGGGAAACAUAACCUGGCACUUACAGAGUCAACACAGCAGUCGAUUUAUUCAUCUAAAGUCAUCCGCCACUCUGGCUACAGCUCCCAGACCCUGGACAAUGACAUCAUGCUCAUCAAGCUUUCUCAAUCCGCCCAGCUCAGCCGCGCUGUCAGCACAGUUCCUCUGCCCACCAGCUGCGUGGCUGCGGGCACCACGUGCCUGAUCUCUGGCUGGGGCAACACCCUCAGCAAUGGCUGUGAGUACUUUUUGGGAAUAGAAGUGCUGUGGGACAGGACUAUAUCAGUGAUCA